GAGAGAGAGAGAGAGGGAGAGAAAGAGAGAGAAAGAGAGCGAGAGAGAGAUUAUAUAAUUGCAGCGGUGGGAAAUGCUGGAGAGCAGUGGAGCCUUCACUGGACAGUAAGCGGGGAAAACAGCAAACACAACGGCCAUUAACCGAUAACCUGAGUGAUCGCACGAUACAAGGAUGCCGAGCGUCCACCUCACGGCUGAAGCUUUUCCCCAUGAUUGUCCUGAAGUCGGUGACCACAGCCUUGGAUAUUAAACCUCUUUUUUGUGGCAUAUCCAUUGUUCCACCACUGCUGUUGGACUCUGUUGUGACGAAGGACCAAGAUACAAUGUCUACAACAUUACCAGAUGCUGCAGGUCUUUCUAAGAUCGUGAAGUUGUAAGUAGGUUACAGAUCUCCUUACUCCUGAUCCAUGAAAUGGCCUUUCACUGAGGUAAGAGACAGUAAACAGGAUAAUGGCGCCCCUCUACAGACUGCACUGCCUCUUAAAGCGGGCUCAGAUGCUUCUGCUCUGUCUGGGCAUUGCCUAUCUGAUGGCAGGCAGUAUCCUGCUCCUGCAGCGCUCCAGCAUCAGAGUAGCCCAGUCAAACCUUGCCUGCCAACCACCCUUGCUGUCCCUUGCGGCACCUCCUACUGCCUUCAGGACUGCCGGCCUGGGUGUGAGGGCACGUUCCAGAUGGGCUGCCAUUCAGCCUGUGUCCAGAGGGGGAGCAAGGGCAGGGCGACACUGGCCUGCUUCCCAAAACCUGGGGGUGCAACACUUGCAUCACCGCUGGUUUCACAGUUUGCUGCCAGAGAGCACAGAGCACAGAGUCUCACCCCACAAGAGCAGCAGGCAUAAAGGAACCUACAUGGGUUGCUUUCUGCACAAUGCCAGUGAUCGAGCCCUCAGAGGAACCAUGCUUUAUGACCUGCGCAAAAUGACCAGUUCUCUGUGUCAAGACACCUGCUCAGAAAGUGGGUACCAGUAUGCAGGUCUGGAGUAUGGAGCUGAAUGCCACUGCGGGAACCGGAUCAGUAGCCCACGGGCUCAAGAGGAGGAUUGUAGUCUGAUGUGUCGGGGUGAGAGGGGGUCUCCCUGUGGAGGUGUGGGUCGAGUCUCCAUUUACAAGGUGGAGGAGCAGCUGCCAGGUCACAGAAAAUGUGAGUCAGCUUCCCUCAGGGAAGACACAGGACUAUUUACUAUUUAUUUUCUGCACAAGCUGUUCUUUGGGUGCUGCAGGAAAGUGAGGUAUGCAUCUGUACAAGAUCUGCUCCCUUCCACAGAACUUCCUCUUCUUGCUCCAGCUGUUGAACAGCUAACACCUCUCCCCGGCUGGGCUUGGAACAGCCCAGAGGCCCAGACCACUAAAGGGAGGGCAAUUGAUCACAGACUCUCUGACCUGAAACAGAAAGGUAGAGUUGCAAACACAAGAUUCAGACAGGAGCCAGUGGCAUUCAUAGGAGACAUUCAGUCUAUGUUCUACCAGGUUAAAGUGGCUGAAGAGGACAAAGACUUCCUUCACUUCCUGUGGUGGACUGAUGGUAAAGUGGGUCAGGAGAUUGUGGACUACAGGAUGACAGUUCAUUUGUUUGGUGCCAUCUCGUCUCUAAGUUGCGCCAGUUAUGCACUCAGGAAGACAGCGGAGGAUAAUGAUGCUCACUUUUCAUCAGAAGUGGUGAACACAGUCAAGCAAAUUUUUUAUGUUGAUGACUGUUUGAAGAGCGUGCCCUCAGAAGAGGAGGCAGUUAUAAUGGUCAAAGCUCUCAGCAACCUCUGCCUAAAGGGAGGCUUCACUCCGACAAAGUGGAUCAGUAACAGACGGACAGUGCUGCAAACCACUGAAGAGGAGCACAGAGCUAAGGACUGGAAAGAACUGGAUCUGGAUAGGGAUGAGCUUCCAGUGGAGAGAGCCCUUGGGCUACAGUGGUGUGUGGAGUCGGACACAUUCAAGUUCAAAACUAUGUGGAGGUAUAGCAAUACCAAGGGCAACCCUGCUGAUUACGCCUCUAUGAAAGUUGGAGACCUGCUGAAUGGCAGUAGCUGGAUUGAGGGCCCAAAGUUUCUCUUUGACCCAGAGAAGGAUUGGCCUUUAGACAUCACAGAAGCCACAGUUGAAGCUGAUGAUGUAGAGGAGCUUCCGCUGGCUGUGUUCAAGGAGCCCCACUGUUUGUGUACGUGGAUGUCCUCUCUUUUCGGCCUCAACCAGCAGUCUGACAACCAGCAGUGUUUGGGGAACACUGGGCUGAAUCACACAAGCGACUCCACACCCACAGCAUCCAUUGAGCAUGACCACUACCAGGUGUAUCACACGCCAGUGCUUGACUCCAGAUGCAAAGAGAGGAUGUUUCUGCCUCAGAGAUCCAGCUCCCUUGUGGCUCUUUCUAGUUUUCCUGGUGCAGGCAACACCUGGGUACGACACCUGAUUGAGCUUGUGACUGGCUACUACACUGGCAGCUUCUAUUUUGAUGGCACACUGUACAACAAAGGUUUCAAAGGAGAGAAGGACUACUGGAAGAGUGGCCGCAGCAUCUGCAUAAAGACCCACGAGAGCGGCCAGAGGGAGAUUGAAAUGUUCGAUUCUGCCAUCCUGCUGAUUCGAAACCCUUACCGCUCCCUCAUGGCUGAAUUCAACCGUAAGUGUGCGGGACAUCUAGGACACGCUACAGAUGCACAGUGGAAAAGCAAAGAAUGGCCAGAAUUUGUCUCCAGCUAUGCCCCCUGGUGGGCAUCCCAUGCUUUGAGCUGGCUGAAGUUUGGACGCCGCUUGUUGGUGGUGCACUACGAGGAGCUGCAAAGGGCUCUUAUCCCUCAGCUGAGACUCAUCACUGCCUUUCUAAACAUCACCAUGACUGAGGAGAAGCUACUUUGUGCCCAGAGCAACCAGGAUGGGCAUUUCAGACGCUCAGGAGCCCAAACGUCCUCCUUUGACCCAUUCACUCCUGACAUGAGACGAACGAUUGACCCCUUCAUCUAUACUGUUGACCAAGCAUUGCAGAGUAGGAACUUUAGCGGACUUCCCCAGGAAUACCUUCCCAGAUGAUGAUCUGAAAAUCUCAUACACUUAGUCCUUUAAAUUAAUGGCCCAGCAGGGGUUUGCAAAAGAGCAGUUCUGCCUCGAAUGCUCUGUGGAGAACAGACACACUGGCUGAUGUAAGCCGACCACCUGACUCUUUGAAAAGCCAGAUGCGCUGUGAAUGGCCUCACUGGAGUAAACAUGACCAUUCAUCAUGAAAUCCCAUGAUGAACAGUGAUGAAAGCCUCUGGGCCAGGACUGCCUCACUGAGAGUCACAGAUAUGACCUCAGACUCAGUGAGAAUUUGACAUGAUUUGUUGGCCUGCAGAGUUGGGAUUAUCUAGCAAUGAGCGUGACUGCACAAAUAUGAGAGAGGUAUUCCAGGGUGGACUCAUUUUGGUUGAAGAGCAUUUUCUAUGGCUCUUUAUAAUUUCACAAUAGUACAUAUAUUGUUUUUAGAAUACACUCGUUAAUAAAAACGGCAAGUCAUACUAACACAGAUGAAAGCAAUGGUAUUAGCAUUAUCCUGAUUAUUCUGAAUUUCUGUGGUAAUCUACUGGUCACUUCAAGUCUGCAGUCGUGCCAGAUAAUAUCCUUAAAGCUGCUAUAUGUGGCUGUCAGGACUCUCCAUGCACCUAGUUUGACUUUACAUGAAUUUAGACGUGUUGAUCACAGCCAAGCUGCUUUAAACUGUAAACUGAGAUGGAGCUGGUUCUAUGAGCAUUUUAUU